CACUUACAACACAAUCUGUGUCGUAUGCAAGAGUCGUUGAUGAAAUGCCGACAAUUUCGAGUCAUUGGUGGGAAGGUAAAGGGCUUCGACGAGGCUGAUGAAAACCAGUCGGCAAUCUCGCUAGCGGGGUCGGGCCCGCAUCUUCCAAGCUUGAGCCAUCAAUGCCCUUCACUUCAAACAUCAGACAAACUUCGCCCGCCCGCAUGUAGAGCUCACCAUGGCUCCUCAUGUUGGGUUCGAUACCGAUCAUAUCAAAGAUAAGGCCCGCAAGGAUCUCCUGUAUCUACUCGAGGGUGUUCGAGGAAAGAAGAACUUGGUCCUUGAGAAGGGUUUGGCCGGUCCGAUCGGUCUAUUUGUGAAGUUCUCGACACUUCAGGAUUAUGGAGUCGAUAAAGUAUUCUUCUUGGAGAACGGCAAUGCGGAUGUCAGUCAGCGGAAUGUUGUGUUCAUCGCAAGAGGAGAAAGUGCAAAACACGCCCAGUCGAUAGCCGACCAUAUAAAGCGUAUGCAGCGAGAAAGUCAGACAGGUCACGAAUUUUCCAUAUUUUGGGUUCCACGACGGACGCUCGUUUCCGAAAAGAUUCUCGAAGAUGCCGGUGUUCUUGGCGAUACAAGCAUAGCAGAGUUUCCCCUGUACUUUCUUCCAGUUGAGAAAGACGUCCUGUCAUUGGAACUGGAGGGCUCCUUCAGCGAUUUAUAUUUGCGAAAAGAUCCGACACCAACUUUCCUGCUGGCACGUGCUUUGAUGCUUAUACAACAAAAGCAUGGCCUUUUCCCACGCAUAACUGGGAAAGGUGACAAUGCCAAGAGACUGGCAGAUCUACUUUCACGCAUGCGACAGGAACUAAUCGCUGGUGAAGACACAAAUGAAAGCAGUAGGCUCGGUCUAACACCAAGUACCACAAUCGAAAGCCUCAUUGUCAUUGACCGCGAGGUCGACUUUGCUACCCCUCUUCUUACCCAAUUAACUUACGAAGGCUUGAUCGAUGAGACCGUGGGGAUUCAGAACAACCAAGCAGAGGUAGAUUCCUCCAUUGUAGGGGCUGCUCCUCAAGCCGCGCCAGGCUCUUCGAAAAGCAUCGCUGCACCAGCACAAUCAAAGAAACGCAAGAUUUUACUCGAUUCAUCCGAUAAGCUCUAUGACCAGUUGAGAGACACCAAUUUCGCUAUUGUGGGAAAUCUACUGAAUAAGGUCGCUCGUCGCCUUAAAACUGAUUACGAGAGCAGACACGGGACCAAAACCACCGCAGAAUUGCGGGACUUUGUCAACAAACUCCCAGGGUAUCAGGCUGAGCAGCAGAGCUUGAAAAUACACACCGGGCUUGCAGAAGAGAUAAUGAAGCAUACUCGAUCAGAUCAAUUUGGUAGACUACUGGAGGUUCAGCAGAAUCUCGCAGCUGGGGCAGACCCAUCGUCUCAGCAUGAUUCGAUCGAGGAGCUAAUUUCUCGAGACGCACCUUUGAAAGAAGUUCUGCGCUUGUUGUGCCUGGAAUCCUGCAUUGCUGGUGGCAUAAAGCCUCGAGAAUUGGAAAUAUUCAAGAAGAUGGUCCUACACGCUUAUGGUUACCAACACAUGCUGACUCUAGACGCUCUAGAGAAAUUGCAAUUGCUGCUAUCUCGGAGCUCCCCAAUGGCUUCAAUGAUCCCCAUGUCUGGAGCUGGAGCUGCUGCCGGCACGAAGACCAAUUACACAUAUGUGCGCAAAGCUCUCCGCCUCAUUGUCGACGAAGUCAAUGAGCACGACCCCAACGACAUUGCAUAUGUGUAUAGUGGCUACGCACCACUGUCAGUUCGUCUAGUACAAUGUGUUCUGCAGAAGCAGUAUCUUACUUCCAUCACGCGCGGCGGAAAUGCGAACAAUCCAACUGGGCCAACAAGCGGUGGAGCCUCACAAGGAUGGAAGGGUUUUGACGAGGCACUGAAGCAUGUUAGAGGGCAGACAUUUGACGAGGUGCAAAAAGGGGAAGACAAGGCUGCAAAAGCUCGCGCUCUGCUUACAGGUAGCGGUGAGAAGAAACUCGUCUUUGUCGUGUUUUUAGGAGGCAUUACCUUUGCAGAAAUUGCGGCGUUGAGAUUCAUCGCGAAGAAAGAAGAAGCACGAAAGCAAAUAAUCAUAUGCACGACUUCGAUCAUUAGUGGAAAUAAGAUGAUGGACGCAGCAAUUGAGAAGGCGACCCUGGGAAAGAACACCACCAUUGUGCAAGACUCGUAGACAGACGCAAUGCCAACCUUGAGCAGCGCUAACCUAAGUCUAACAAUAAUGUAAUGAUUAAAUGACAAGCUCUCCAUGAUUUCCGG